GAAGUCAGCCAGCAGUCUUCAAUGCUGGGAUCAAGGACUAAGAGGGCUGCGGACAGAUCUUUACCUCCAGAAUUUCUCUACUUUUUAUUCCCCUUGCUCGAGACUUUGUUGCUGAACUGAUGAUAAGUGAUUACGCGAGUUACUGCAAGUUAAUCGGACUAAAGUUGUUUUUGCAAAACUUGGGAAGAUGAUUUUUUGCAAGCCGUUGUAUGUUACCCUCCUGCUGCCUCUGCUGGUAUCAUCCCAGUAUCAAGGAGACAACGGAAUAGUAACUCCAGAGCAUGGAUUUUGUCAACCGAUUACAAUCCCCCUGUGCACUGACAUAGCGUAUAACCAAACAAUCAUGCCAAAUUUAGUGGGCCAUUACAACCAGGAGGACGCAGGGCUCGAGGUGCACCAAUUUUACCCUCUUGUAAAGGUACAGUGCUCGCCGGAGUUGAAAUUCUUCCUGUGCUCGAUGUAUGCCCCUGUGUGCACAGUCCUGGAGAAAGCCAUCCCCCCCUGCAGAUCCACCUGUGAGAGGGCCAAGCAGGGUUGCGAGGCUCUCAUGAACAAAUUUGGCUUUCAAUGGCCUGAUCGACUCCGCUGCGAGAAUUUCCCUGUGCUGGGGGACGGAAUCUGUGUGGGCCAAAACGAUUCCUCUUCUGUCACUAUCCCCCCCAUCAUGGUUGUGCCCAGGACCCAGGAUCUCUCCUUGGUUCAAACAAAUGAAAGGUCUUUCCGUUGCCCCCCUGUUCUCAGAGUACCACCAUACUUGAAUUAUAGAUUCUUGGAGGAAAAGGAUUGCGCAGCUCCCUGUGAUCCAACAAGGAGCGGUGGGAACAUGUUUUUCAGUUUGAAAGAAAUUCAUUUCUCCCGCAUAUGGAUUCUGGUCUGGUCCGUGAUUUGCUGUGCAUCUACAUUAUUUACAGUGACCACUUAUUUAGUGGAUAUGCAGCGCUUCAGAUACCCAGAAAGGCCUAUCAUCUUUCUGUCUGGCUGCUACACUAUGGUCUCCAUAGCCUACAUUGCUGGCUACUUCCUAGGAGACAAAGUGGUGUGUAACGACAGCUUCAGUCCAGAUAGCUACAAAACUAUUGUCCAAGGCACCAAAAAAGAAGGUUGCACCAUCCUUUUCAUGAUGCUCUAUUUCUUCAGCAUGGCCAGCUCCAUCUGGUGGGUCAUCCUCUCUCUCACCUGGUUCCUGGCUGCAGGUAUGAAGUGGGGCCAUGAGGCUAUCGAGGCCAACUCUCAGUAUUUUCACCUGGCAGCCUGGGCGGUACCCGCCAUCAAGACCAUCAGCAUCCUGGCCAUCGGGCAGAUUGAGGGUGAUGUGCUCAGUGGUGUUUGCUUUGUCAGUCUCAGUAACCUGGACCCUCUACGAGGCUUUGUGUUGGCCCCCCUCUUCAUUUACCUCUUCAUUGGGACCUCUUUCCUUUUAGCAGGAUUUGUGUCAUUAUUCCGAAUUCGCACCAUCAUGAAACACGACGGCACAAAAACGGAGAAGCUGGAGCGCCUGAUGGUUCGGAUUGGUGUGUUCAGUGUGCUCUACACUGUCCCUGCCACUAUUGUUAUCGCCUGCUUCUUCUAUGAGCAGGCCUUCCGCCCGCACUGGGAGCGCAGCUGGGUCAGCCAUAACUGCAGAAGCCUGGCCAUCCCCUGCCCUCUGCAGACCGGGCCACGCAUGACCCCAGACUUCACUGUCUACAUGAUCAAGUACCUGAUGACUCUGAUAGUGGGUAUCACCUCCGGUUUUUGGAUCUGGUCUGGAAAGACUUUACAAUCCUGGCACAAGUUCUAUGCAAGGCUGACCAACAGCAAACAAGGAGAGACCACUGUAUAGGAUAAAAGGGAUGUGUAAAUGUUGAUUGGACUAGCUUGUUUAUUAUUACCUGUUUGUCAUGCGGUAGGUAAGUAGUUAUAGGUUCUGUCAGAAUUGUUGUAUUUCCCUCAGCUUUAUAGCCCCACAUGCAUGCCAAGCUGAGGGUCAGGCUUCAUCAGAAGGGCAAGAUGGACAAACAAAGACUGAAUUUGACUGUCUGAGCAAAAAAACAAGCAUGGCUAUGGAUGCCAUGUGCCAAAAUGCUCUCCUCCCCCUCUCUGGCUCUUUUCUUAAAGCCAUAAGAAACUCAAAAGGGAGAGAUCAUCCAGCUAAGAAACAUCAGAGAGCAAGACAAAUGAGCGGUAGAAGGAUGGACAUUUAUCUCUCUAAAGAUUUCACAAGAGAGAUUGUAAAUAGUCCUUGUAAAAACAUGAAAUUAUAUAUUUGUAUUUAAAGAAAUUAAAUACUUCUCUUCUUAUC